AUGAGCGAUUCAGGACUCGAAGAAUUCAACGACAACACAAGAGAAAUACACAUAUUUAACUAUUUACAAAAGCAGAACCAAAGGCAGCUAAAUACGCGAAUGGAAAAAUAUUCCCCUCUAUUCAGUGAUUAUUUAAACGGAAAUGGCGGAGUCAAUCCAAACGUAUUCCAUCCAUCUUAUAUUUUCGAAAAUAUCAGACAUGGUCAAUCAAAGAUCAUUUCAAAGCAAAUCCAACUACAUAACGAAGAAACAGAUAUGGAAGAUUCGAUGCAUGACGCUAAUAUGAAUCCACCACAACCUAUAGAAUCAAAAGAUUUUCAGAAGUACUUUGCAGAUAUUUAA